UACUGGUUCAUAUCUCCCAUCCUGAUUCCAAACCUCCUGGCUGCCCUCUCUCUGGCCCUGGUGCUCUGCCAACUCUUCUCCCUCGAAUGGGUGUUUGAGUGGUACAAACUGCUCGCCCUGGCUGCUGUCUGUCCCUUUAGUCUGAUGAAUCUGUACCGCCUGCUGCGCAAUCGUUUCCUCCUGCGCUGGGUCUACGAGAGUGAUGCCUCCGACUACUCCUCCACCGCAGCCACCUCAGAA